ACUCCCUUCAGCACAGGGUGACUGUGGGGGGCCCCAGGUGCCAGGUAGGCAGGACUGUCACUGGGGCCAUGGGGACCCCGGAGCUACCACCGCCUUCCUUGGCCCCUCCCUGGCCAGGGCCUCCUGGAGUGGGGGGUGGGAGCAUCCACGGGCUUGUCCAGGCAGCGGUGCCUGAUUGUUCUCUUCAGACCCCUCCCUGGGAUGCCAAAUCCGUGGGGCCAGUGGAUUCUGCCCCCAAACCUGUCCGACCAGUUGUUUGGGAAGAGGGGGCACCUGGGAGGAGCUUCAGGAGGUACCGGAGGCAAGCUCUCCAGUCCCCCGGCAGACAGCACAGCGGAAGCUCUGGGACGCUGCAGACAGACGGACGGUCAGACACUUGGCCUGGCCAUGGGGCUCGGUGGGGGACAGUAUCGGCUGCCGGUGCCACUGUGGCUGCUGUUGACCUGCCUCCAGCAGGGGACAGGCCUGGAGCGCAUCAGCUACGUGCCCCAGCUCUCCAGCCCCACCCUGGCAGGGACACUCACCCAGUCUACCUUCACGCUGGAGCAGCCAAGGGGCCAGUUCAGUCGCCUCAACAUCUCCGACUUGGACACCAUCUGGCUGGUGGUGGCCCACAGCAACGCCACCCAGAACUUCGCUGCCCCACAGAGGGUGGAGGACAUCCCAGUCCCGGCUGACUUCAGCCAGAGGGGCUACUAUCUCACGCUGAUGGCCACCCGGUUGCUCUACCCGGGCAACCAGCCUGGCAACCAGCUCCGGGUCCUACGCGUUGGCAAUGAUACCCGCUGCUCCCCUAAGACGAGAGGCUGUAACCCCCCCCUGCCGGGCCCUGGUCCCUAUCGAGUGAAGUUCCUGGUGAUGAGUGACAGGGGACCUGUGGCUGAGACAGAAUGGUCCAGCGAGACCCGCCUGCAGCAAGCCAAGGCACUACAGGCUGUCCCAGGACCCCAAAGCGCGGGCACCGUGGUCAUCAUUGCCAUUUUGUCGGUCUUGCUGGCUGUCCUUUUCACUGCCCUCCUUGCUCUGCUUAUCUACACCUGUCACGACACCUGCAGGAGCGCUCCCAUUUCGGGCCCAGAGCAGUCGACUUGCGUGAGAAGAUACAACACCCACCACGUGACUGGCCCCCCAGCCGUGGGGGCCUCCUGAGGGGUCCGCACCUGCCCCUCGGCCUCCUCCCUGGUCCAGGCUGCAGAUCCCGGGCUGGGAGCAUGCCCGGAAGCUUCUGGAGCCCUGGGAGAGAGUGUUUCCAAGUGAGGGUGAGGGGAGAGUGUCCUUAGCCCAAAAUUAGACCUGUCCCUGUCAGAAAUAAAUGUCCCCAGCAGCCCUGCACAUCUGUGUUGUUGUUCACCUGGG